UCCACACGAGCAAAAAUGCCUCCUUGUGAUUUUGUACCUGAAAAAUACGAAUCCUAUCCGUAUGAACGUAUGCAGAAGAUUCGUGAACAAAAUAUUUCUCCUUCACUGCGAAUGUAUUACAAGAAGCCAUUGUUGCUGCAUCAAGGACAUAUGCAGUGGUUGUUUGAUUAUGAAGGACAAAGAUACCUUGAUCUUUUUGCUGGAAUUGUCACUGUCAGUGUUGGUCACUGUCACCCGAAGGUAACUAUAGCUACCCAGAAACAGCUUGCUCGCCUGUGGCAUACCACCAAUAUCUACAUGCACCCGUCAAUCCAAGAGUAUGCUGAAAAGCUAACUUCUCUUCUUCCAGAUCCACUUAAGGUGGUUUAUCUAACCAACAGCGGGUCAGAAGCCAACGAUUUGGCUAUGUUCAUGGCAAGGCUAUAUACUCGUAACUUCGACAUUAUCUCUUUCAGAGGAGCGUACCAUGGAGGCAGCCCUUACACGCUGGGAUUGACAUCUAUUGGUCCUUAUAAGCAUGGUCUUGCCAAUGGCUUUGGCUGUUCAACAACAAUGUUACCAGAUGUUUUUCGUGGUCCAUGGGGAGGCAGCCAUUGUAGAGAUUCUCCAGUGCAAACUGUUCGAAAAUGCAGCUGUUCAGAAGGUGAAUGUCAUGCAAACGACCAGUACAUUGAACAGUUCAAAGAUACUCUGAAUACCUCGGUGCCAAAGACAAUAGCUGGAUUUAUCGCUGAACCAAUUCAAGGCGUUAAUGGAGCUGUUCAGUACCCAAGAAGUUUCUUAAAGGAAGCUUAUCAGCUAGUACGGGAAAGAGGGGGCGUUUGUAUUUCAGAUGAAGUACAGACAGGAUUUGGACGGACAGGCAGCCAUUUCUGGGGAUUUCAAACACAUGAUGUAGUCCCUGACAUUGUUACUUUGGCAAAAGGAAUUGGUAAUGGCUUUCCAAUGGCAGCUGUUGUUACAACAAAAGAGAUUGCAAGUUCCUUGGCUCAAAACCUUCACUUUAAUACAUUUGGAGGAAGCCCUUUGGCCUGCGUGGUUGGAGCUGCAGUUCUUGAUGCUAUUGAAGAAGAUGGUCUACAAAAAAACAGUGAGGAUGUGGGAACGUAUAUGCUACUGGAGUUGGCUAAACUACGAGAUAAAUUUGAGAUUGUUGGAGAUGUCCGUGGCAAGGGACUUAUGAUUGGAGUAGAAAUGGUGACAGAUAAGGACAGUCGCCACCCUCUUCCAGCUGAAGAAAUCAAUCAGAUCUGGGAGGACUGUAAAGACAUGGGGGUUCUGAUCGGCAGAGGAGGACUCUAUUCUCAGACAUUUAGAAUUAAACCUCCUAUGUGCAUUACUAAAAAGGAUGUCGACUUUGCUGUGGAAGUACUUCAUUCUGCUUUACAGAGACACAUGGAAAGAGCAGCUGCAAAAUAGACGUGACUUGUUUCCUUGCAUCCAUGAGAUGCACACAGAACCCCUGAUACUUGCCACCCAGACCCUGCACUAAUCUACACUGGAUAAGAAAAUCAUCGUCUGAAGAUGAAAUACUUGUUCAGUAUCAUAAAAGCAGUCUGACAGAUCCCGUGUUUAAUAAA